AUGAUGGUCUCUGCUGAAGAGAAAAGAUGGAUUGUUGUGGGUGUUGCCAUGAACAAAGUUGCUGCUCCUGUUUUGCGGGUUGCUGUCACAAAUGGGAUGGAUACAAACUGUAGGGAUCUGGACAGACAUUGCCAAAGUUCAACACCACCGUCUAGCCUAAAAACAUUAAGCUACGGUACCGUCAGAGCGAAUCCAGUCAUAUUUAAGGACCUAAAAUUUCAAAAUAUCAACAACAAUAAUCUUGUGCGUGGUACAUGCAACUACAACUUCAACAUUAAUUCUUCCGUAGACUUAGCCAAGCUAUAUCUACCAGGUUAUCUGGCUCAGUUUUCAGCCUUCGAUGAGUCGUUGGACAUGACUGCCCUCCUUCGCCUGUUGGGAUUUAAGAACUACAUGCCUUCCACUGUGUUCUCCCUCCACACUCAAGCGUGCGCUGAUGAUGUCCGGGAAAAUGUCAGAAACAAAUGGGGCCAUGUUGAUGUAACCGAGUGGACAGAUGCCCUGUUCAAUGAUUGCUUUAUCAAGCUGGAGAAAUUGCUGAAGAGUCUGGGACUGACGGCUACAGUAGAGACGAAAGCAUUGGAGCAACUUGCUGAGUGGCAAACACAAGGUAACAAUUUUCAGCCGAAAAGUAUAAAAAUGUAAAUACCAAAAGCCUUAAUGACAAAAAAGUGAGAAAAAAAAACCUUUUUCUUGGCCGUUGUCAGUUUAAUUAAUGAAGUGGAGACCAGGGGUCGUACCUACAACGUGUUUAAAUAAGCUUAAAAAAUAAGGUCGAAAGCAGGACUCAAUGUUGAUGCAAAAUCAUGAGAAAAUAAGUUAUGGCUCAGUAUAGGUUUGGAUGGGAACCGUAUGCGUCUGAAGAGUCAGCAGUAUGUCCAGGGUUAGGGAUGUCACUUAUUGGGAUAAAGUGGUCUAAACUAAGCGGCAAAUUGUUUUUAAAAGGGAUGCUCUGAGGAGAAAUUUCAAGUCUACCCCGGUUCCUUCGCUCAUAAUCUUCAAAGGAAAUAUAAUUAUCUGUUGUUUUCAGUCUACAGUUUCGUUAGGUACUCAAGAAACAACAACAAAGAAGUGAAUUUUUUGUCGUUAUUGUUAGUGGUUUUUGCUAGAUAUCCACUUCGGCGAAUUAACGCCUCCUAGUCUCUUGUUUCCUACAGGCUGUCAGUUAAUCAUGGAAAAUUCCGUGGUGAAAGAUGCACUCUAUUUGUUACAAGAUGAAGUGAGGGAUCUCAUCAAUACUAUGGAGUCCACUCUUAAAGAUCAGGAAGCAUGGCAUAAGAAAAUGUUGGAUGAGUAUCACGAACAACUGGAUAAAGUGGAAGAGAAGCUACAAAAAUAUUCAGAAAAUGGAAGUGAAGAGAUAAAAAACGUUUUGAAAAGACUUUCGUCUUUCGAAGCUAACUUAUCGAUGCGACUUCAAGCGAUAGAAGAAGGCCUUGCUGACACAUAUGGAAGAGUCGAACAACUGGAGCAGUAUCAAGAACAUUUAAAUCGACGAUGUGACAAUGCUGACGACAAGGUGGAGAAAAUCGAAGAUGAAUUAACAAAAUUGAAAAUAGGGGCCUCUAGUAAACUUGGUAAGCGAAGAUUUGACAUUCCUUGCCAUUUAUUGAGAUGAUAUUUUUCACCCUUUUUCAUAGCAGCUUUAGCAUAGACCCAACUAUCUUUUCCCACAUAAUAAUUUAAAAGCAAGCCACACGAAUCUCCAAUUAACAGAAAAUAACCUGAAUUAAGAAACUCUAACUUUGUAGUAGAACGUUUCAUUUUUGCUUGGUGUGGUGUUUAUGACGUAUGUUUAGUAUAGGCCCCAAGUGUCAAAUCUGUUGAUUGCAAUGUUAAAUAUUAAAAUAAGUGUAGUAAACGGAUUAUAAAAAAAUUAUAAUAUUAUAAAAUUACCAAGUGUUGAUUUAUCUUUGGUUACGUGAAAGCUGAUAUUAGUUUCCUACGCUCUUGAAACGAUUAUAUUUUUUCAGAACAGUUAAAAAAAAUAAGCCACUAACUCCGGCUCCCUGUGUCUUGCAUCCAAUUCUCCGAUACACGGAUGUAUGCAUAGACAAACCAGGCCCUAUUUGAGUCCUUUGGAAAGGAAAAAAAAGUGAGAGGGGACGUGCAUUGCUUGUACUCUAACAGAAGGGUCUCAAUGGGGCGAUAGCUUUAACGGUUGACGGUAAUUUUUUCGGGUUUUUACAGCUGACGGUUAAAUUUCAGAACUUCUGACGGUUGCUGGUUAUUAAGUGGAAAUUAAGUCUAAGUGUUAAGAAGAUAUUAACUUCUGUAUCAAUUAAUAGUAACUGUUGGGCUUUGAAAUUUGUUUUCACACAUUAUGUUAUAAGUUGCAAGGUCUUUACAGCGAAGCUCUCGCUUUACGCUGACGUGGAUAAUACAAAAAAGAACAAGAGCCAGAUAUAAAAAACAAGCAAAAAAACAAACAAAAAACCAAAAGAGACGAAUUUCGAUAAAAGAACAAUGGAAAUUUUAUUCCGUUGGUGAGAAAAUGUAAUGAGAAAUGCUAGCGGCCAGUAAAGUGAAAAUGAGCGGCAGUGAAAAAAAAAAAAAAGCGAACGGGAAUAUAAGCAGCCAAAUUUUUGUUGAGCACAUACGACACUGAUUUCCUCCAUAAAACGAGUAAAGAGAUAGUUUAAAGUUGUAAUCGAGCAACAACAACGGCAGAAAAAUGUACAGAAAAGUGUGCUUCACGUGCAGAAUUGUUUCUUUCUUCCUUUCUUUUUUUUUUUGGUUUAUUAGACCAAUUGUUUUCGUUGAAGGGCGCUUGGCUCUAAGCCCUGGCUAAAUCUAUAUAUUAUGUCUAGAAAGAGAGUUUCUGAGAACACGGGAGCUGAUUUUUCCAGUUUAGAGAUUCUAUGGGAGCCAAAAUCUGCGAAGAUAAGCUAAAACAGUAAGAGUUUAAAUGUCUUGAACGUUUUGACGGUUCAAUUAAUCUGCCUUUAUUUGCGGUUAACGGUAGAAAAUAAACUUUUUUGAUGAUUGAUGAUUAAACUUCGGGGCGUUUGACGGCUGAAGGUUAACCCCAUUGAGGCCCUCUAAAAGACACACCAACAUGACACAACGCAAAGACAGGUGUCAUUGGACACUCAAGCCCUACCAUGACUUGGCGGUGAGUGCAGUGGUUCAAAUGUGCUCUGCAUUUUUCCUGUUCCAAUAUUUGAAAUUAUGUUCAUCUUUAGUUUCAUUGCUCGUUGAUAAUAAGCUGGGACUCCUAUUUCUACUGUCUGACAAGAUGUUUGUAGUUGAUUGUGUAAUUUAGUUAUGCUUUCACUCUCUUAUUUGAAUCACACUCCGUUUUUAAUAAGAUUUAUCAAUGACACAAAUUUAUUCAUAAAACACUUGAAAAAUAACUGAAUAUGAUUUUAUCACUCAAUUUGCAGAUUACUGCGAGGAAAAUCAGAAUGUAAUCAUUAACAACCAUGUGUCUAACAGUACCGGUAAUAUUGCUGUUGGAUCCUCUCCUUGUAUAUUGAUCAAAGGUCAGUCUAUUUAUCAUAAAAUAUAGACAACCAUUUGUUAUUUCCUUUUUUCGCUAACUGUUGAGCAGAUGUCGUUUCAAUUUGCUGCUAAUUUUCCAACUUCUUUUCAACAAUAAUAUGCUGCUACCUUUUUAGGCAAUACCGAUAACUCAACUCAGCCACCAUAUUCGAGUAGAGAGGAGCUUCAAGAUGAAGAGGACGUGCCAGAAAUCCACUUCUCUAGACAAGGUGAAGGCGAAAAGUGUUUGUGACAACCUCGAAUUCGUAAAAAAGAGCUGAGAGCAGUUAUAAGUUUCAAAUGAGCCGCGUUGUUGAUAAUUUCGGGUAUUUUUAUUACCAGGUUUUCAAUUGCAUCCAAAAAUUUAGUCAUAAUGGAAAAGCGAAGAGAAUAUACCUCCUCUGAAUUAGGAACAAUAAAUACAAAUAAAAUAGCCACAACAAAUGGUAAAACUUUACACUUGCACGACGUCCUUUUACAUCAACAACUUGAAAUGGUCGGUUUUCAGCUAGAAGUCGCCGUGAAAAACGAACGUGGCCGCUUGCCGAAGAAACGUGGGAAAAUUUGGGUUCUAUUGCACUUCUUCUGAGAACAUGUUACACACACAUGUCAAAAAAUUAGAACUCACUUUAGCAAAGUGACGAGGUAAGUCUGACUGUAGAAUAAAUGGAAAGUCUUUUUAAAUUCUUUUUCGGCAAGGAUGAAAAAAGCAGUGUGCGACAAAUGCAGAAUGUAAGCUUGCAUGGCAGACGUCAAAAUGAGGAGGGAAGGAAGAGAAAGAGUGGGGGAUGGAAACAUGUUAAUUAUUUCGCAGAAAAAUGUACGUCAAUCGAGUAGCGACUUCACGUUAAAAUCGGAAAAGACACAUCUCAAAUAACUUGUUAGGCAGGUGGGGAUGCCCUAAAGGUUUUGACUGGCCAAACACUAACUUCAACUUUGAAGUUACAAUGCCGUUUUUUUUGCCGUUAAGUUAUAGUUAUUUAGAUUGUAGGUGACACCCGGAUUUUUGAAAACAGGGUUAGCGAAAAAAUCAACCCAUUCUACUACUUGGUGAUUUACAGGUCCUCCCCCGUUUGUGUUAUCUUACUCAGACGGUGUCAUUUCAUCGUAUAGCCGUGCUCUUUAAGAAUCAAAGAGCAAUUUUUAAUGAAAAUGUUGUUUUGUGCAUUGUUUUUUAGAUUCCGCCCAAGAAAGAGGUAGCAUAUACUCCGAUGUAUCCGACGGUAAGGUUUAUGUAAUCUUACUGAGACGGUGUCAUUUCAUCGUAAAGUCGUGCUCUUUAAGAAUCAAAGAGCUAUUUUUAAUGAAAAUGUUGUUUUGUGCAUUGUUUUUUAGACUCCGGCCAAGAAAGAGAUAGCAUGUACUCCGAUGUAUCCGACGGUAAGGAGGGCAGUCAGUCAACCCUAAAAUCAAUGUUUUGUUUGUGGGUAAAGUAUUUUCCACAGAUAACUGAAAAUCCGAUAAUUGAUACUUGAGCUAAUUAACCGAGACACUAACAUUUAACUCUCAGCAUGAAUAAAACAAUAAAAAAAAAACUAUAUCGUAGCGAUUCCGCUUGAACAGAACUUAUCUUUAAAACAGUAAACUAGAUUAUAUAAAAUACUUUGGUAAUAGUAACAACAAUCAGUCCUGUUUGAUUCCAACAGUUGUCUUCAAAUCAAUGUCCUUCUCAUGAGAUAGCGUAAAGACUUGAUAGUUCCACGAAUUACAGUACUAAAUAACUAUAAGAAAACAAAAGACUUACUUUGGUCAAGGACUCGCACCAAAAGUAACAAAAAAUAGCAAUCUGGCAGCAGCAAAAUAUCUUCUGAUAGCAACUCCAAUGAUAGCGGGAUAACUUGUAAUUUCUAGUAUUGUGUUGCCUCUUUUAUAAUAGAUUAUACGUGUACUAUGCCUAGGGCGUUAACUAAGUAAAACUGUACCUACGCUUUGCGCGUUUCCUAGCGGAAAGUACCGUACCAUAACAUAAGCGUGAAAACCUACGAAAUGUUUCUAGAAAGAUUGAUAUAAUCACGUACUAUAACCAAAAAUUAUUUCUUAAAGUAACUAAACAUAUUAUAAGGCAAAUGAACAAAAGAGCGUUUCAAAACUAACAUUCCGGCCCCUUAAAGGCGAUAAAAUUAGCCUUUACCAAAUAACUAUAUAACAGGUUUGAAACGCUUAAGCUAACAAACUAUAGAUUGUAAAAUAUAAUGUUCAUAGCAUAAGCUAAUAAAUGCCCAUUAUAACAAGAUCUUACUGAUCCUUGCUUGCGUCAAUUGCGUCCUCUGCACUUGACUCCAGUAAAACAAUCUUGUCCACUGGUCGCACCAGCUCCGUUGAUCUGGUCUUGACUUUAGCUGAAUGUACUAAUCCAUCCCCACGAUUGCUGUAGACUUCAAUUACUUGUCCUAAUGGCAAGAUACUGCGGGGCGUGUUCUCGCCCAGAAGCAGCACAAUAUCAUUUACAGCGAGAUUUCUCUGUGGCUUGUUCCACGUUUGGCGUUGCUGUAACGAAGGUAAAUAUUCUCGCGUCCAUCGUCGCCAAAACAGGUUGCUGAGAUACUGUACUUGGCGCCAUCGACCACAUCUAUAGUUAUCCUCUCUUGAAAACGCUCCGGGUGGCAUUGCUGAUCCUCCCCGAAGUAGCAGCAAAUGAUUGGGGGUGAGUGCGUUGCAAUCUCGUAGAUCAUCAGACAUCUUUGUAAUUGGUCUUCCAUAUACGAUUAAUUACACAUCAAACAUCAGCAUGCAUAGGCCUUCAUCGUCACGAACGUGUUUCCUUAAGUAGCGCCUUCAUAACCUUCCUUACUGUUCUGAUACAUCUUUCCCAUACUCCUCCGUGGUGAGAAGCAGCGGGUGGGUUGAAUUUCCACUUGACAUCACGUUGGAGCAAGUACUCGUGAAUUUGAGCCUGGUUCCAUUGUUGCAAUGCUUCACCUAGCUCCUUUCCGCAUUUUACAAAGUUUCCUCCGUUGUCUGACCUAAUUUCUUCUGGACGUCCUCGCCUUGAAAUAAAGCGACGUAGAGCAUUGAUAAAGGAUUCAGUGUCCAUAGAGUGUACAACUUCAAUGUGGACUGGACGGAUGGCAAGACAGGUAAACAAUACUCCAUAUCUCUUAGCUGUUGCUCUUCCUCGACGUACUUAGAAGGGGCCAAAACAGUCCACUUAUAUGUGAAUGGUGGCUUUGAAGGUGUUAUGCGAUCUUCUGGUAAGCUCACCAUCUUUUGUUGCAUAACAGGUGCUUAACGUCGCCGGCAAUUAAAACAUUUGUUGGUGAUGUUACGUACAAACGAUCGAGCGCCGAUUAUCCAGUAGCCUUGUCUGAGUAACGAUAAGGUGUAUUCAACUCCUGAGUGCCCAGAAGCUCGAUGAUAGUAAUCAUUGAUGAGGUUGACAACGUGAUGCUUCUUUGUAAGAAUAAUUGGGUGUCUUGCGUCGAUCUUGAUUGGUGCAUUGUGGAGACGUCCUCCAACUGGUAUGAAGCCAUUUUCCAUAAACGGGUCAAGUUUGUAGAUAUUGCUACCCUUCUUCACUGCCGUUUUCUUGUCUUGUGUUUCUUGAGUGACGCGCCUAAGGGUUUGCAUGUCUUCUUUGAAGCUUUGGUUCUGCACGUGCUUAAUAAUGACUUCUUCGGCGUCCCUUAUCUCGCACACAGUUAAGGGGACAAUUUCAAUUUGCUUGAUUGGAGGUUGAUUUUCUUAUUUUCUUUGCGCAGCUGGCUCUGUCUGCGUAACAUGCCUUUGUAGCGUAGAAUCCAUGCCACGACCCUUUUCAAACGGCGAGUCCAUGAAGAGAAUCUUUGAAAGGUUUUGCUAAUGCAAUCUUCGGUUUGUUCGCUUGUUUCACUUGCAAAUGCUUCAGCAGUUUUCUUUACUUCAGGAUCAUCGGGAGAAAUCUUACCCAUGCCUGUGGAUCUUUGUGGCCAUUCUUCUUCAGGUUGCUUUAGAAAGUCUGGUCCUUGUAUCCAGCGUUCAUUAUUUAACAAUGCUUCAACUGUCAUCCCCCUUGAUGCUUCGUCGGCGGGAAUCUGUAUAGUGUCAACGUGCUUCCAUUGUGUUGCGGUGGACUGGUCAAGAAUAGCUGAGAUACGAUUUGCAACAAAGGUCUGAAAUCUUUUAUCCUUGUUUUCUAUGUAGCGGAGGACACAAGUGCUGUCAGUCCAGAAAGUAGAUUGGUCGAUUGGCAAGGUGACUUCUUGUUUGAUCAUCCGAUCAAAUCUUGUAGCUAGAACCGCUGCGGAUAAUUCCAUCCUUGGAAUCGUCAUAGCCUUGAGUGGAGCCAGUCUUGAGUUUGCCAUGAUGAGAGAGCAUUGAACCUGGCCAACUGCAUUGAUCUGACGCAGGUACGAAACUGCUCCAUACCCUCCCAUGAUUAGAAGCAUCUGAGAAGUAGUGAAGUUCACAUCGUUUUACAUCUGAAAAUUCUUGGGGCUUGAAGCAUCGCGGUAUUUUAAAUUGUUCCAACUUGGGUAGCUCUCUCAGCUAUGCUUCCCAUUUCUGCUUGCUUGUUUCAGGGAUCGGGUCAUCCCAACCGAGACCCUUAACACACAAAUUUUGUUGUAUUGCAUAUUGUAUAUUGUAUUCAGAAUCUAGGAAUGCAUAAGUGAGUACUUUCUUACCUUGGCCUUUUACGUUCGCUUUCACGGGAACGAUCGACAUCCCUACCACGAAUCACUUGAUACUUAAAAUGAUUCGCUUUUCACAUAGCCAUUCUUUGCUUGCGUUGCACCUGGACUUGUUGCUUGUCCUUGGUCGCUAGGUCGAUUUUCUUUAUCGGUACUGCUUGGUUUUGGGGACGAUUGUUUCUCGUGAAGGAAUGUAGAAUGCUUCCUUGUACAUCCUUCGACAGGGUAGAAGCUUCUCUUUGGACAGUCUUGAACAAAAUGUCCAGGAGUUAAACAGUUAAUGCAAAGGUGUUUACUUCGGACGAACUGAUAGCGGUUGUAUAAAUUCAACUUCUUAAACUCAUCGCAUUGAGAUAGCCAGUCAUCCUUUUGACACGAAGUUACAAUAUUCAAUAGGGUCGUCGGUAAACACGGGAAGCUCAGAUUGAGGUAAGGUCAGUGCCAUGAUAGCCUCUUGUUGCUGAAGAAGUAGAAGUUGUAGAUCCGCUGUAGGUGUACUUCUGGUCGCUUCAUUGCCCAUUACAGGAAAUCUCGUGUCUCCGUUUUUCCACUCGGGUGCUUCUGGAUUGAAUGCUUUGGUCUGUAUGGUGAGUUUUUCAACAAAUGCGGGCUCUGUUUUUUCUUCCUUGGGUUCAUUUUGGCUUUCUAGCUUGUUUUCCAAAUUUGCUUCUGUGAGUAGGGGAGUCGGAGGUAACUUCUUAUUUUGAUCGCUUGCGUGAGGCGAAUUCGCGCCAAUUUCGACUUGUGCAUACGCGUGUUCUUCAGCUCAUGCCUUUGCUAAUUCAGUAUUAGCUUGAGUUCGUUUUUGCGCUGACGCAAUUUCCGCUCCUCUUCCUCAAUCUAAUGAAGCAUUUUCAAUGUGGCGGCUUCCGCUUCUAGAACAGCCUUUCUAGCUGCAGCCUUUACUUUGGCGCUUACAGAGGUGGUGUAUGAUAAUCGCGAUGUCUUAGACGCGUGCGACUAGCGUGACACGCGCGAGCGCCGGCCGACGUUUGAUAUACUGUCCUCUGGACGUACUUCAAUUGAGCUCACUGCUCUUGUAGCUUAAAUACCGGUUAGCCAAAUUUCCAAGUUUAUAGUCGUUUGUUUGAACAAGAAUUAACUUCUUUGAAUAAAAAUCACAUACCAUGGAAUGCAUUGAAGAGCGUGAGUAAACAAUAAAGGAACAAAAUAACACCUUCCACCUCACUGCCAGCGAAGUUUAAAUCACGGCUCUGUGCCACCGACCCUUUUAAACUGAUAUAAAUUAUUGCUCUUUUCAAGCAAAAUUCUUGCGCUUGGAGCGUAACUUCUCUAAUAUGAACGCGCUGUUUACUUGUGUGAUUUAAAUCAAACAACAGAAAGCUCAUUUUCAGAUGACGAUUAAUAUAUUGAAAAGGAACAGCAAACAACAGACUGAAAAUAUCGCACCUCCUUUCACCUCACUGCCCACGAAGUUUAAAACACGGUUCUAUGCCCCCGACCCUUAAUUGCUGAUAUAACUUGUUGCUCUUUUCAAGUAAAAUUCUCGCGCUUGGUGCGUAAGUUCUCUAACAUGAACGCGCUCUUUACUUGUGCGAUUUAAAUCUAUAAAAAGCCAAUUUUUAGAUGACGAUCGAAACACUGAAAAGGAACAGCAAACAAAAGGCUGAAAAAAAAUCGCACCUCCUUUCACCUCACUGCCCACGAAGUUUAAAAUACGCUUUUAUGGCCCCACGUCCCCCUGCUGAUAUAAUUUGUUGCUCUUUUUAAGCAAAAUUCUCGCGCUUAAUGGUGCGUAAGUUCUCUAACAUGAACGCGCUGUUUACUUGUGUGAUUUAGGUCUAUAAAAAGACAAUUUUCAGAUUUCGAUCGAAGCACUGAAAGGGAACAGCAAACAAAAGACUCAAAAAAAUCACACGUCCUUUCACCUCACUACCCACAAAGUUUAAAACACGGUUUUAUGGCCCCGCGUCCCUUACUGAGCAUGAAGCGUGACUGCAUGAAGCCGUUAAAGCUACAAUGCCUUUUUCGCGUUGUUGCGUUCACCCGCGUUGCAUUCUUUUUUUUUGUUAUUUUCUCAAACGCAGGUUAAUAAAUUUCUUCUUUAAAUGGACAUAGAUUCGGGACUAUGUGUUGUGACAUAGCGAUGUAGCUUAAAAGAUUUUGUCGUGAAUUUUGGCUUAAAAAAUCACACCUUUCUGCUUAAGUGCCGCUAGCAUAAGCAAAAACAAAAGAAUUGAUAUUCACCUCUCUGAGAACAGUUUUUGCCAGAAUAAACUUUUAAAUGAGGGCUCUUUUACGUCGUUUAUGUUCAGUGCAGCGGCGAUAUUUCAUUGCGGCGUAGGCCUCAAAGUACGGACUGCGCGUGCAAAAUUUAUACUAGGUCUUUUUCCGCGAUCCUAUUUCGAUUUAAAGUCACAGUUCUCAAGAUACAAGCGGAUUGAUUCACAAAACAGUUUUAAAUACGCAUUCGUUUAAGUUCCUUGUAAAUCAUUUGCAGUGAAUUUUGCUGUUAGAACUAUUCACUGGUAGGGUUUGUAUUUGGGGGAGUUGCCAGUUUAAAAAUCACACCUUUGUGCGGUAAUUAUUAUUGCUACAAAGCAUUGUUAUUGCUGAGUUGUGGUUAUUCUCAUAAAGCAAAUGAUAGGAUGGUAUAUUUUGUAAACUGUUUAAAUAAGGUAGACAAAUAUGUUCUAAAACAGCAAAACAGGGUCGUAAAGUAGUAUCGGGCUAAAAUAUACUGAACGGUGCGGCCUCAAUGUGUUUAAGAGAAUCUGAAAUAGUGCGGACAUCAUGCUGAUGCGUACAUGAUAUAGAUUUCGGUAGCGCGAAGAAUGCAAAUUAAUUCCUUCUUUCUCUUUAGAAGUGUCUUAGCAAAGCGCGAAGGACCGACAUAAAAUGAUCUGAGCGACGCGAUUUUUUUGGUUAUUUUGUAUCCAACCCCGUCACUUUUGCGCGAUGACAAAAAGACAAUUGCGGGAGCCACCGCGGAUUAUUUUGCAGUGUACUUGAUCAAAAAAUGAGCUUAACUUCUAAACGUAAAAAGGUUAAGAUUUUAGUUCACUGUCUCGAUGCUCACAGUUGUGCGAUUAAGAACCUGAAGCAAAAACAAAUUAAGUUAAAGACUGCUCUCAGCUCCGCACGGACUAAAUUUGUACGAAGUUCAACUUCUCCCUUCGGUACCCUAGUGAAGCAUCAUUCUUCAUAGCGCAAUGUAGCACUCCCUACACCCCUGGUUCGCAAGUUUGUCACGCCGAAGGUUUCCGAUUAUUCAAACAAACUUCGGCUUGGUCUGGGCGGGUGUCACCUGGAACAAAGGGCCUAUUGUUUGAACGUUAAUUGGCAAAUUCAGGUCUGUACAAUGGGCCAUUUCUUCAUACGUAUUUUCUGUUCUUUUCUUAUUUUUUUUUUUAACGGCCCCGACAAACAGGUAUGAGUGUAGCCUUUACAUUUAUUCAGCCUCACAAUAUCUGAUAGAAAGUUUUACCGUAAGGUGUACAUUUUCUUUGAGGACAGACAUAUAAUAGGAAAGCUUGCCGGAAAACGAUAACCUUUUUCGCUACUGUUAACUUUUUACUCAGUCUUUAACCUUCUCAAACUGUGCGGUUCGUGUUCAGGUGUUGUGCUGUUCAUUGCUGAGAAACGUGAGGCAAUCACACUACAAAUUAUAAAAAUUAAUAAUACAGCAACUUACAACUGUUUUUUUUUUUUACAAAAUUAAAGACAAAAGCAACUUACAACUGUUUUUUUUUUUACAAAAUUAAAGACAAACUCGGGUUCGAAAAGCCGACGAGUCUGCCGUUAGAAUAGAGGAUAGCUCUUUCAUAUUUUAGAUAAGCUCACUGUUUCAGUGAGAAUAUAAAGCCGUAAACAAACAACUGAAAACAAACUUCAUUCAUAAGCGGCUUUAGCUUUAUUCAGGGCACGAGAUAUGGAAAAAGAGCAGCACAUUGCAAAAAUAUUGAAUGGCAAGUAAUGAAUAAGAAAAUGAAUAGCAAUUCAAUGAAACACUGUACAAAAACAACACUUUAGUUUUAAUUCAAGAAUGGGGAGUAGCCCGUCUAAAGUUUCGCUAACAAUCUUGCGAUCUGUAGUCUCACGAUCGUGUUUUGAGCUUAUGCUAUGAAUUAACAAUGACAGAUAAAUAACUUAUUUCUUGAUAAUUUUUUAUUCAAAUACCCAUAAGUUAAUCCUAAAAAAUAAUUCGCGUAAAACACUAACUGGAUCCUGGAUCCGUUCACGCAAGUUAAAUCAGCUCAGUACAUGGGUAAAAAUCAAUUUCAAAUGAACAUUUUGUGUUUUUUUCUUUCACGCCGAUGUCAAAAUGUAGAAAACGUUCAUGAAAAGUUUCUCAAGUUUCUUCAGAAACCUUCCCACGCAACGUAAGGCCAUCCUCUUUUUUUUCUCCAUUUAGCGUCGUCCGACCCACCCAAAUUUUUGGCAUUAUCAAAAAAAAAAAAGUAACGACGUAGUUAAACCAUUUUUCACUUGAAAUAAUUCUUUUAAUCUGAAAAAUGAGCGUAGUAACAGCAUAAGGAAAAACAGGAACAAAAACAGGAACUUUUUUUACAGCAUAUUGUGCAUUUUGUUAAUCCAAAUAUGUGAAUGUUAACUUUUAACGUCAUCCUGGGGUACCAGGGACUCCUAUUCCGAGACUUCUUGUGAUUUUUUGUUUUAGGUUUUUUUUUUCAAUCCGACCGACCGACCAACAUCAGGAAACGCAUUCGACGCUAAACGAAAAAAAAAAAGGGGGGGGAUGGCCUAAUUAAGAUUGAUCUUUCUCAAAGCUCAAGAAACCGCAAGUAACUGCAAGUCAGCUAAGUCGGUCAUAAGGAUGGUUUUCAAGUCGCUUGAAAUUUUCUUGAAUCGUUUCAAUUUUCCCACUUUAAUGGGACGCAAAGUAAAGUUACUUGAGAUUUUACUUAGGCCUUUACACACGAAUUUUGGUUAAGUAAAACUUAGCAGCUCUUAAGUCUUACUUAACAGCCUAGUGUAAAGACAACCAAUGUCCGCCAAAGCAAUAACAGCUGCCAAUCGAUUUUGAAACCCAAAUCCCCCCCCCCCCCCUCGUAGUUAAACCAUCCCUCCAAAUAUAAGCCCCUUGGGGGCUUGUACUUGGAAAAUUGCCCUAAAAUACAAAGUAAAACAAAGCAAAAAAGGUAAAUUUACUUCCAACUAUAAGGCUAGCCCAAUCGAUUUUGAAACACAAACCCCCCCCCCCCUCUUAGUUAAACCACCCCUCCAAAAGGGCCUUUGAAGAAUAUAAGCCCCAGGGCUUAUUUCUGGAAUUUUACGGUAUAUCAAUAGUUUUUUAAAGACUAUUUUAGUUAGCUGUUAUCACAGCGACCACUACAAACACCUGAGUGCACCUACCAUCAACGGUGAAGAUAUCAUUGAAAUCCAGGUGCCCUGAAUACACCCCCAAAAAGUAUCAAUCUCUUCAUGCGUGUGUCCUACACUGGUCCAGGUUUUUAUAACACUGAAGGCCAAAUCGCAUUUUUGUCUGUCCCCUUCAGAAAUUAUUCUUGGGGUUAAUCCUUUCAAAACUUAACAAUAAUAUUCUUAGAAGAUCUUAGAAGCCCUCAGAGGAACUACGAUUUCUGUUGUGUAUCCAUCAGAAAAUAUGGCUAUGUUUAAUAUUCAUUCACUUCAGAAAAGAUGUUUCACCACUCUGUCAAAAGAACUACCAUUUAAUAUGACCAAUGCAAAUCUACCGUCUGAGUCUUAGCACAUGCCAAACUCACGCGACUCUGAAAUGCUCUACAUCUCAGGUUGCGCUGUGCUCAGAGAUGAAUUCGACAAACUUAUUCGAACAGAAGUUGAUGUGACGACGCACUUUCUGUGCCGCUGGUUGCCCAGGCCGUUGUUUAGAAUUGAAAAUGCUAGGGUUGUAAGAAUCAAAUCCCUGUAAUACCUACCAUUUGGAUUUUAUCAGUAGCACAAUAUGUCGCUCUUUUAUGACACAGCGUCUGUAGGGAUCCCAUGCCAUUCGUCUCCAUAUCAGAUGAUCAUAAUCGCCUUUACGGUUCGCCAGAUACGUCGAAUUACAACGUACACCUCGUUUCAUUACCUUGACGAAACAAAGGACUAAAACAACCACAUUUUAAAAGGAAAAGUAAUCUAAGAAAUAAAAACCACCACCGAAGCAUCGUUGAGAAAUCAGAACAGCUUUAAUAUGGCGCUUGAAAUCAAUAUGUCAUCCAUAACUUUGGGCCGUUCUGAAAUCAACAAGUAGUUAUUUGGGAUUGAAGACGACUGUUCUUGCGCAGUGAACGUCAACAUUGACCCAAACAAUAUCACUCCCGCUCCUACUUUAUCAGUUGCCGUAAUUUCAAACACCUAAUCUGAAUCAGCUAGGCGAGCGAAUCGUUACCUCGGUGCCUGUCAGGCUACAUGCCUAGGCGAACUUAAUUGAUUGAAAAUUUUUGGUUUGUUUUAGUGCUGUGACCACAACACUCAGACAGCGGGUAAACCAGAUUUGCACGUAGUAUCUUUCAUCUUCAGGCUGUCAUAUAUAAUAAAAAAAAAAUUAAUUAAUUAACUGAUUAAUGUAGCCUUUAUUACCUGGCACAGUUACUGAUGGAUCAAAUAUUUUACAUUUUUGGCCAUUAUUAUCAUUGUUAUAUUACUAUAGGUAUUUCUGACUUUCUCUGAGAUUUAAAUUUACACGUAUAUCAAGUAGAUUGGUAGGGUUUUUGAGAGGACGUAAGUAUACUAAUCAAUUUCUUGAUAAUCACAGUUGCAGGAAAGAAGGCGAAAGUAAUAUUUUCAUAUGACGCUAAGAAAGAAGAUGAGCUGACCCUAAAAGUGGGCGAUAUUGUUGACAUUCUGCGGGUUACUGAGGAAGACGGUUGGUGGAGUGGCCAACUAGGCAGCAAGGAAGGGCUCUUCCCGUACAAUUAUGUGGAAGUGAUUGAGUAUGAAGAUGUCGCAGAAGCAAAUAAUUCGGCCGUGGAGACAAAGCACUCAAAGUUAGGUUGGUAGUUAUCUUGAGUGGAUAUUAAUAAACUAUUAAUUUGUAUAUUCAAACUGAACUGUACAGUCCCCGAAAUGAUCCCGACCCAGAAAUGAUCCUGCACUAAUAUCCCGUUAAUUUUACGAAUGGAAUGGUAUCCUUGGAUUGUGGCUCGAGCAAAAUGCACUAACAUUAGUAACAUUCUUACCGAUGAGGCUGGAUUUUUCACGUAUUUCAAGUUGAUUGGUAGGGUUUGUGAGUGGACGUAAGUAUUGUAGGGGGUUUACGAGCAACUUUCUCGCUGAGCGUAGAGGCACCAGGUAUCCGCGUUUUCACCUUGGUGUUCUUUAACCUUUACAGCAGGUCUUAUGACUCGUUUACAGCAUCAUUUGACGAAUUCUGCUCGACAACUAACUGUAACUAAUCUUAACUACUAA